AUGCGAAUUGGGAUGUCGGAAAUCCUAAAUGCUUUUGGUGACCACGAGUUGAGCAGAAUCGAACUACGUCAUAUUCAGGAUGGACAGACGCCCAUAACUCGCGGUAUCUGGUGUGUGUUGCCAUUGCCUACAGGUUCUCAGUUGACAGAGUGCCUAUCCUCGGCCCUUGAGAUCGUUUUUGUAUGCCAUCGGGGUCAGAUGGUCUUCCAGAGUGAUCCAGCGGCAUAA